CCCCGCCCGCCGUCACGCAGCCGCCGCCGCCGCCGCAGAGCCCGGGGAGGCAGCGGGCAGGGGCAGCGGGCAGGGGCAGCCGCCGCCGGAGGAGGCCGAGGCGGAGCGGAGCGCGCAGCUGCCGCGGCGGGGGCAGAAAAUGACUGUUCCACCUGCUUAUGCUGACCUGGGCAAAUCUGCCAGAGACAUUUUCACCAAGGGAUAUGGUUUUGGGUUAAUAAAGCUUGAUUUGAAAACAAGAUCUGAAAACGGACUGGAAUUUACCAGCUCAGGUUCAGCAAACUCAGAAACAAGCAAAGUCAGUGGUAGUUUGGAAACAAAAUACAAAUGGGUGGAAUAUGGAUUGAUGUUCACAGAAAAGUGGAACACCGACAACACGCUAGGCACUGAGAUUACUCUUGAAGAUCAGCUUGCACGGGGCCUGAAGCUGACCUUUGACUCCAGCUUCUCUCCUAACACUGGGAAAAAGAGUGCUAAAAUUAAGUCUGGGUACAAAAGGGAACAUAUCAACGUUGGCUGUGACAUGGAUUUUGAUAUUGCGGGUCCUUCAAUACGUGGAGCUCUCGUGCUUGGCUACGAGGGAUGGCUGGCGGGCUACCAAAUGACUUUUGAGACAGCAAAGUCUAGAGUAACCCAGAGCAACUUCGCUGUUGGCUAUAAGACUGAUGAAUUCCAGCUUCAUACUAAUGUGAAUGAUGGAACGGAAUUUGGCGGCUCCAUUUACCAGAAGGUGAAUGAUAAACUGGAAACUGCUGUGAAUCUUGCUUGGACAGCUGGAAAUAGCAACACUCGCUUUGGAAUAGCAGCCAAGUAUCAGAUUGACCCAGAUGCCUCUUUUUCUGCUAAAGUGAACAACUCCAGUCUGAUUGGGUUAGGAUACACUCAGACUUUAAAGCCAGGUAUCAAACUGACAUUGUCAACUUUGUUGGAUGGCAAGAACGUCAAUGCAGGGGGUCACAAACUUGGUCUAGGACUGGAAUUUGAAGCAUAAGGAAUGAUUUCACAAUUGCUAAUCUGAAAAUACAGCAUAGCUACCUUCAGAAAAUAGUGUACCUUUCAGUGUUUUGUCUGGGGUGCAAGUGUUGCUGCGUAUCUGUCCUGCUAGUCCUGGUUAAAGACAGCUAAGCUUUAAAAAUGAUGUUGUUAAAGAAGUGGAGACAAAAUCACAAAUAAAAAAUCUUAGCUUUUUUCCUUUAUGUAAUUGCUCAUCACACCUGUCAGCUGCCAUGUAAUAAGAAGGAAGGUGUUGAUUACCUCUACUAAUAUAUUGAUGGCACAAGGAAUGUGUUAAUGUGUUAUAAAACCUGGGAAUUGCAGACCGCUAUAUUCUGUACUGUUCAUUUUGUAAGCAAAAUGUUCUGACACCUAAGGUUUCAGUCAGUGAGGGAAUGUGCAAACUUGUCUGAAAAAGGGAUUUCAAAAUUUAUUUUUUUAGAUAAGUGUUUCAUCAAUGGUUUGUCUUACUUGGUUAUCCCACACCUACUGCUGUCUCCAGAAUGCUUUAGGUUGUCCACCCUGUCCAAGUCCUUGUGGAGGAGGUUUGAUGUGACUCAGCGAAUACUGCCUGUCCCAUGUUGUGGUUCCUUCCCCUUGCACUGAUGAAAAGCUUGUAAAAUGGACAUAACCAGGGAAGAGUCUUUGCAACUGCAAUCACAUAGUUGCAUCACUAAUUCUAAAACGGAGUUUUCUUUUAUUACCACUUUUUUUUAGCAACUAAAUGGGUACAUUUUUAGAGAGUCUUCCAUUUUGUGUGGAACUAGACCCCAAAAUGCUGUACUUGACACUACUAAAAAUGGAUAAAAAACCCAAACCUGACUUGAAUAAAAUAUUGAAAUGUCA